AUGUCUGCUGGAGCUACCGUGAUGGCGAUUAGCGUCAAUUAUGACGAGGCGCGAGAACAUAUCAAGUCGUUUUUAAGCGAGUUCAAGACGCCCGAAUCCAUGUUGGACGACUUGCAAGACCACGACAUGGAAGACGAUGGACCUGAAAAAUCGGGACUCAAAUACAUGGAUCUUCUCCAACGAGUGGCAAACCGACACGAGGAGACAAUUCGAAUCGAACUGGACGACCUGCGGGCCUGGGAGAAGGAGGCCAACGUGAACAUUGACCAGCCUCUGGCCCAAAGAGGACACUCUCUGCUGGAAAACAUCUGCAACAACACAUGGCACUUUCACGACAUCUUCUGCAACAUUGUAGAUGAGCUGAUGCCCCAGCCUACACGUGAUUUGGGCGCUGAUGCUGAUGCUGUGGACAUUCUUAUUCAUUCACGACAACAGAUGCAUGAGAGAGCAGAGAGAGCACGAAGAGAACGACGGGAAAACGGAAUGGCCAAUGCCGACGACAAUCUCAUGGACGAUCUCAAUCCCAUGCCGUCAUUUGCUCCUGAGCUGCUGAGACGAUACUCUCUCUACUUUAAGCCUCCUUCCGAGGCGCUGGAGGGUGCCCCCACCACUGGAAAGUCAUUCCGAGUGCGAGACUUGAAGGGAGCUCAGAUUGGCCACCUGCUGACUGUGCAGGGUAUCGUCACACGAGUUUCUGAUGUCAAGCCCAGUGUAAAGAUCAAUGCUUACACCUGUGACAAGUGUGGUCAUGAAAUUUUCCAGGAGGUCAAACAGAAGACCUUCAACCCUCUGGUCGACUGUCCUUCCGCAGAUUGCAAGGAGAAUCAGACCAAGGGAAAACUCUUCAUUUCUACCCGAGCUUCCAAGUUUGUGCCCUUCCAGGAGGCCCGUAUCCAGGAGCUUACUUCUCAGGUUCCCACUGGUCACAUCCCUCGAUCGGUGACUGUGCACAUUAACGGUUCCCUGGUGCGUUCGCUGGGUCCCGGAGAUCAGGUCUCUAUUUCAGGUGUGCUUCUGCCAGCUUUCUACACUGGAUACCGUGCUUUGAGAGCAGGUCUGUUGACAGAAACUUACGUGGAGGCCCAGGAUGUGCGUCAACACAAGCAAAGGGACAGUGGCGAGCUAGACGCUGCUUCUCUUCGACAAAUCCAGCAGAUUCGGGCCGAGGGAAACAUUUACGAGCAUAUGGCCAAGAGUAUCGCUCCUGAAAUCUAUGGCCAUGAGGACGUGAAAAAGGCUCUGCUGCUGCUGCUUAUUGGAGGAGUCACUAAGGAGCUGGGAGAUGGAAUGAAGAUCAGAGGAGAUCUCAACGUCUGUCUGAUUGGAGAUCCAGGUGUGGCCAAGUCGCAGCUGCUCAAGUACAUCUCUAAGAUUGCUCCUCGUGGAGUUUACACCACCGGUCGAGGCUCGUCCGGUGUUGGUCUUACAGCAGCUGUGAUGCGAGACCCCGUUACCGACGAGAUGGUGCUGGAAGGAGGAGCGUUGGUUCUGGCUGAUAACGGUAUUUGUUGCAUCGAUGAGUUUGACAAGAUGCCCGACUCUGACCGAACUGCUAUCCACGAGGUUAUGGAGCAACAGACCAUCUCCAUCUCCAAGGCUGGUAUCUCCACCACACUGAACGCCCGAACCUCCAUUUUGGCGGCAGCUAACCCUCUUCAGUCCCGAUACAACCCCAAGUUGUCGCCUGUAGAGAACAUCAACCUUCCCGCCGCUCUUUUGUCGCGUUUCGAUCUUCUGUUUUUGAUUCUCGAUAAACCCAACCGUGAAACUGAUGAGCGACUCGCGGAGCACGUAACUCACGUGCACGAGACUGGCCGACACCCCCAGAUGGAGUUCGAGCCUCUUUCCCCCGCUGCCAUUCGACAGUUCAUCGAGCACACCCAGACCAUCCGACCUACCCUGUCUGAGGAACUCAACCAGCACAUUGUCAACGCCUACGUCAACAAGCGUCAGGUACAGAAACAACAACAGGGCUCCAAGCAACAGUUUUCGUUUGUCACUCCCCGAACUCUACUAGCGAUUAUUCGAAUGUCUCAGGCUCUUGCCCGACUUCGACUUGACAACCAUGUGAACGCACACGACGUCGAGGAGGCUCUGCGGCUCAUGGACGCGUGCAGAAAGUCCAUCGACGACCCUCUGGACGACACCGAGUCUCGAGAGUCCAUCUCGUCUAAGAUUCUAGCCAUUGUGCAGGAUCUGCAGCGAGAGAUGGCCACCCAGGAGCUGGACUUUGACCGUGUUCAGCAGCGAGUCACUGGUAAGGGAUAUACUGCCGAUCAGCUGAACGACGCCAUCGAAGAGUACCAGAACCUGUACUUGUGGCAGCUUCAUGAUAACGGAACCAAGCUGGUGUUCUUGUAG